AUGCCGGCUCGGACGGCGAUCGCCCUCUCGGCCGUCACCCUCGUCCCGGGUGCCCUUGCCCACGGCAACCAUGAUGCGAGCAACAUCGCCGAGGGCCAGACGGUGUCUGAGGAUCCGAUUGACCUGAUAUUGUGGCUUCACAUCUUUAUCCAGAUGUUUGCCUAUGGCGUCAUCUUGCCCAUCGGCAUGAUCUUUGGUAUGGCCAAGUCAUCGUGGCACGUUCCCACGCAAAUCGUCGGCUCCUCCCUGGCGGUGGUGGGCUUCUUCCUCGGUCAUGCCCACCGUGGCCGCCAGUUCGUCGGCGGCAACAUCCACGGCAGCUUCGCGCACAUCCUGCAGAUCAUGCUGGUCGUCCAGGUAGUGCUGGGGCUGUACCUCAAGGGACACUGGGAGCGCGGGAUAAACGGGUGGAUCCGCCGCGCCAUCCGCCCCUGCCACUCGGUCAUCGGCAAGGCCAUGCCCGUCUUCUCGUGGGCGCAGAUGGUCUUUGGCGGCAUCACGGCCCUGGGCUUCUGCCAGGGUGAGCACGUCGGCCAGUGCGCCGCCCACUUCAUCAUGGGCAGCGCCUUUGUCGCCUACGGCAUCCUCCUGACCAUCAUCCUCCUCGUCGGCCAGGUGUGGAUGCGCCGCACCGGCCGCUCCCAGGAGUUCUUUGACAGCUCCGUCAUCGCCGCCUGGGGCUGCGUCAACACCUUCACCGAGCACCGCUGGGGCACCGCCUGGGUCCGCAACGACUGGCAGCACACCACCAUGGGCAUCAUCUGGUGGUGCGCCGGCCUGGCCGGCGUCUGGAUGAGCCGGGACCGCGACGGCAACCCCAAGCGCAACUUCAUCCCCGGCUUCGUCCUCGUCCUCACCGGCUGGGCCAUGUCCUCCCACCCGCAGGAGCUCAUGGUCAGCGCGGCCACCCACUCGAUGUUUGGCUACUGCCUCAUGGCCGCCGGCGCUACCCGCAUCGUCGAGAUCUCCUUUGUGCUCAAGGAUCGGCAGAGCCUCGACGACGACGGCCGUACCUAUAACAGCUUCCAGUUCAUCCCCGUCUACGUGAGUCCCCUCUCCCCCGCCAGCUCUCCCCGACCGACCCCUCUGCCUGCUGACGCUGCCUGCCGAUCCCAGUUCCUCUACGCCUCCGGAUUCCUCUUCAUGAGCGCCACAGAAGAGCAGAUGACCAUGGUGGCCAACUCGGACAUGGACCACGUCGCCUACCUCCUCAUCAUCUUCUCCCUCGCCUUCCUCGUCUUCCUCUUCGCCAGCAUGCUCAUCCAGAUGUACGACCGCCUCGCCGACCCCGACGGCGCCGACAAGGACGCCAGCCACGGCGUCUACACCGGCCUGAACGGCAACGUCCCCCUCGAGGAGGGUCGGGCCCGUGACGCCGAAGAGUUCGAGCUCGGCGGCCUCUCCAGCGACGAUGAGGGUGCCGACGACGCCGAGGAGCGCAAGACGGUGCGCAGCAGCGACGAGUCGUCGUCUUCGAGGCCCCGCACCAACGGUCGGGCCAACGGUCGGGCCAACGGUCGGGCCAACGGUCGGGCCAACGGUCGGGCCAACGGUCAGGGGUCGCACGUGUAA